UACUACAAUUGUUGCAAAAUCCAACGUUCUUAACAACAACGUGUCAACAAGGAAUAGCUUUAAAAAUAUACUAUAAUGUAUGAUAACUCUCUUUCUUGAACCAUUGUUAUAAGUUGAUAUCAUUAACAACAAAUUAUGAAUCAGACAACAUUUUCUAUUUAAGUGGUGUUAAAGGAAUACAAUUUUAAUAACGGGCCUUUGGUAAACGUUGUUGAAGGGCUUUAGUAUCUUCUACUGUAGUAAAAUUCCAAUAAACUUUUUCUGCUUAAAAAAUAAUAAUAAAAAAAUAAAAUAAAAUAAAACCAAUAAACCCUCGAAAUUUAUCCCCAAAAAAGCAUCAGCUUCUAGUCCCUCUAUGACUCUAUCCCACUCUCCCACAAAACCCACUCACAAUAGAAUUUGGCGGGCUGUGAAACUCUACUUCUCCGCUUCCACUCUCCAUAAACGUGAUGGAACUGCUACUAUUCCACUCUCAUUGUUUCUGUAAUGGUCAUAUAUAUAAGGGAAAAAAAAAUAAAUCAAAUCUCACUUUUCUCUUUCCUCGUUCUGGUUUGCAAGACAUCUUUCGGGAGGCUGAGGUUACGAUUUGUAGAGUACAUAUCAGACAACUUAUUUGCGGACUUCGGCGCCAUUGGAUAUUAUGUGUGAUUGAUCCGGAAGCUGAUGUUGUCUAUUAUUUGGACCCCUUACGAAAGGAAAAUUGUCCUAUUGGAGAUGAUUUACGUAGCGUUGUAGAGACGGCAUUACUUAUAUACAGCACUGUCAAAACGGUUUGACAGUUCGGUUUCGGUUCGGUUUAAAAUCGGUUCGAUAUUUAAUCGGGUCGGUUUGGAAUCGGUUUAAUUGUCUCACGGAUCAGUUUUGGUUUGGUUUAAAUAGUUAUCGGUUCGAUUUGGUUUCAGUUUAUUUUUAAGCGGUUUUAAUUAGGUUCGGGUUGUAAACAGUUUGGGAAGUAAACGGUUCGGUGCAGACGGGUUGCGGUUUGUAAACAGUGCGGUGUAAACGGUUUUUAUCCCGGUUCAAACAAUUUCGGGUUGGAAACGGUUUCGGGUUAGAAACAGUUCGGUUCUUUUUUGUUCAGUUUUUAACUGGUUCGCGUAGACACCCAUUUGUGUCUCCCCAAAACCAAACCCAGUGAUG